UGUUGACAUAGAUAGCAUCCCCUUUCAAAUCUAUCUUCUUAUAAAAAAGGGCUUCUUUUUUUGGCCAUUUUCAAACACACAUAACACACACACACAUACACACAAUGAAUAUUACACCAAGUAACAUUCGGAGUGUAGUUUUACAAACGUUACUUUUAAUAUUUCUUGCCAUUGUACGAACAAAAGCAGACGAGAUUGAAGAACCUUUAGCAGAAUUUCAAUUAGUCGAUUUCGAUUUCUUUCAUGGUGCCAAUCUUGAUCUGGUGCUUGUCACACCGCCAGAAGACGCCAUGGACUUGUUUGAUGGAACAGAAACAAUACACUACAAUUUACUGGAACCCACCUCUACUACCACAAGCAGAACUCACACAACCACUACUACUCAUACAACCACCACACACACCACUCAUACAAGAAGCACUAAAAAAACACCCACCACCACGACAACAACCACAACAGCAACAACAACGAGCAAAUCAAAAAGUAAUAAGCAUAGUGCAGCCAUGGCACUCAGUGAAUGGACAGACCCAUUGACGACAGAAGAAAGUACGACUAGUCAAGAGUCUCCUUCCACCUCCUUAUCCGACAAUAGCUCGCCCUCAUACAUUGUACCUACCAUGACAUUACCAUUAAGCAUAUUAACCUCUAUUACAAGUAGUACGAGUACACCUUCUCAUUCUUUUAUUAAUACAACCACUCCCAAUAAUAAUAAUAAUAACAAUAACAACAAUGUUACGACGCAAUAUACCAAUACAUCCGAUCCUCUUGUACAAUACGAUCUUGAGUGUCGAGUCAACCAUGAGUUCUGUAUCAAGGUUAGCCGAGCAGUAGGAGCGGCCAUUGAUGAAUUUACCCGGGUUAUUAAUGUGAAAAUCAACUUACUAAUUAAAGUGACUUAUUACAGCUUUUGUGAAAAGAUGUGUGCUAAUGACACUCUAGGGUGGGGUACACCUACAUCUCAGUUUACAUUGCCGUUUGAAGAUGGGGCGGAUCUGAAUUAUGUGUAUCCGCAAGCACUGGCUAAACAAUUAGCACCCUACAGUAGCACAUCCGUAUGGGCUAAAUACGACAUUGAAAUAGAGAUCAAUCAUGAUGCCUAUAUGAAUGGUAUUGAUAUUGAACAAGAAAUGAAGGAUGGAUGGAAUGGUUCUGGUACACCGCCCAAUGGCAAAUUCUGGUUUAUCAACGAAAAUAUCACUAGCCCACAUCCGAUUCAACCACAUCAAGUGGAUUUUCGCUAUGUGGUUUUACAUGAACUACUACAUGGCCUAGGAUUCCUCAGUUCAUGGGCUGCUUAUUUCUGGACAGAUGCCUCUCCCUUUCGUACACUGGUGGAUGGGAUCAUUGAUCCAUUGGAACUUCAACUUGUGACGCCAGGUCCAUACUGGUAUAUCAAUCAGGACACCGGUCCUACCUAUGUCACUGGAUUUCAACCGACCAUGAUCUUUGAUAAAUAUUUAGUCAAUGUCGAUACCGAAUUAAAUGUAACCAAUACGUCACCUUUAUCGGAUUUGGCGUUUGAAAUGCAAGAUUUCUGUGUACAGAAUAAUAAUGCCUUCAUUCUAAACUUUAUCAAAUCGUUCAAUGCCGCUAAUCAAUCAAGGACAGCACAUAAGCUAUGGAUAAGUAUGUCACAACCUGAGACCGUCAGUUUCUUGUUCCAGCCACCUACGGUAGCCGAUAGUAGUUACAAUAGCAUACCGUAUCUAAACAAGACGUACAAGAGCAUGACUUUAUUAACAGGAGCUGAUUUAUUCGAACGCUCCCCCGAUGAACAAAUCGAUCCAACCCUCAAUAGGCCAGGAUUGAUGAUUUCACAUUUAGACGAGCAGUAUGAUACAACACCUGAUUUCUUGAUGACUCAAGCCUAUCAUCAUGGCGAAACAUUGGAAGAUCUGGUAAAACAGUUUUAUGACAAGAUACCACCCAUCAAAUACAAUGUGAGCACAGUGAAUAACACCGUCGUCGAGCAGCUCUAUCUUUCACCCAUCGGUCCUGGUAUUCUGAGGAUACUGGAUUCCAUUGGCUAUUCCACCGUACUGACCAAAACGAAUUACACUACGGACGGAAAUGUGAAAACACCAAAGUCUAGAUCCGUAUGUGAUGAUAGCAAUACAAAUCAUGGACACAAACCAUCUCCUACCGCUACAUCAACCGGUAACACACUCUUGUACAAUGACGAAUUGAUUAUUCUAAUUGUACUCAUAGCGUCAUUGGGUUCAUUUUUAUAUUCCUUUUGCAUAUAAAUUUUUUUUUUUUUUUUUUUUUUGUCUAAUCGUUAGCGGAUCUUUAAAAAACUGAGCUUUAAAAAAAGAGUUAAAUGCGGGC